AGCCAGUGUGAUUGAGAAAAAACAGUGUCUGCAGAAUGGCAUCAAUGUCGUCGACUUCUACACUAAUAAAUUCAUCCCCGUUUCGCCCCAAAUCUUUCUCCAAAUUCCCAUCCGUAUCCCUACCUCGUGCCUUUAAACCUUUUCGAAAGAGCCAUGGUGUUGUUGGUCUGAGUGUAAAGGCUCAAGCGUUGGACUUCUCGGGUUCGUUUUAUGAGGGUUCUGGGUUCGGGUCGGAUGAUGACCCGUCGUCGCUAGGUGGGUCGGGUAUGACAGCUGUGGAGGAAAAGGAGAUGCCUGAGUGUCCGCCUGGGCUUCGACAGUACGAGACAAUGGCGGUUUUGAGACCUGAUAUGUCUGAAGAUGAACGCCUUGCUCUUACCCAGAAAUACGAGGAGUUGCUUGUUGCUGGAGGUGGCAUGUAUGUGGAGGUGUUCAACAGAGGUGUCAUUCCUUUAGCCUACAGCAUCAAGAAGAGAAACAAAGCAGGAGAAACUAAUACGUACUUGGACGGUAUCUAUCUUCUCUUUAGCUACUUCACCAAACCUGAGUCCAUUGAUGUACUUGAAGGAACAUUGAAGACAGACGAUGAAAUUAUCCGAUCAUCCAGUUUCAAAAUUAGAAAGAGGAAGUUUUAGAAAUGAUUUCUUUCUGUCUUUUGCGUAGCACCCUGAGGAAGAUGGUUAGAAUUUCUGUAUGUUUUUGAAUCUUUUUGAAAUUUAAUUUGUUUUUCCUUGUAACAUAAUGAGACCAGCAACCUGUUCCACAAGUACAAGAACCGGGAUGGCUUUUGCUCAUUUUUAUAUUCCAUUAACAAUUGAGCUACUA